AAAAGUCGUUCGAAAACGCGCCCGCGAAGGAGACGACGCACCGCCCUCGACGUUCCCGGGGAAAGCGCACCGCACUGCCGCACCGCUGGCAGGCGAAGGACCAAAAGAGGCCGCCGACGGAAGCUCGCUGCGCGGGAGGGAGGGGGCGCUAUGGCGCAGGCGGCGCCGGGGCGGACGCUGCUGCUGGUGAACCUGGCGGCCAUCAUGGAGCGCGCCGACGAGGCGCUGCUGCCGGCGGUGUACCGGGAGGUGGGCGCCGCGCUGCACGCCACGCCCAUGGGGCUCGGCGCGCUCACCCUGUACCGCUCCUUCGUGCAGGCCGCGUGCUACCCGCUCGCCGCCUACGCCGCCGUGCGCUACAACCGCGCCCACGUCAUCGCCGUGGGGGCCUUCCUCUGGGCCGCCGCCACCUUCCUCGUCGCCGUCUCCGGCACCUUCGCCCAGCCAAAAGCUGGUGUACGCUUGCAAUUUAAGUAAAAGUUGCGAAAUCUGAAGCGAAGUUCAUGUCGGCGUAACCGAAGCAAAUCACGUGGACUAAAGAUUCUCAUAGGAGCAGCAUAUUCGCAUCUAAAUUAAGAUUCCCGAAUGGUAGUCGACCUUUAUCUGUAUUCAUAACUAUUGCUAUUAAUGUGAAAUAACCAAAUACUCGCCCCAGACAGUUAUGCUUGAUUUCUGACUAUUUUGAAUUUUAAUUUUCGUAAAUUUUAAGUACAUGUCAAAUAUUUGAAACUUUAGUUCAAACUGUUUCUUCAUUUGGAUAUUUUUUGUUCUGAUCUCGUAAGAUUUGAAUAUCAGGUGAAAGGCUGGUGAUUGGCAUCUAAUGUGCGAAUUCAAAUGUACAUAUCUGUUUUUUUUCGGGGAUAAAAUAUCUGGGUUGGGAUUGCUAGAUACUCCCCCCAUUCACUAUUAGAUGACGUUUUGGAUAAUUCAAUAUGGACUACAUACGGAUUGAAAUCAGUGAACGAACACAGUAAAACACGCCUAUAUACAUCCGAUUCAGAAAAAAGUUAGAACAUCUUAUAAUAGUGAAUGGAAGGAGUAUUUAGCUGCAACAAUUUGUGUGCAAUGAGAUUUAUUUGCCAAUAAUAAUGCUACUAUGCUUCCGAACCAUUUUUUUGUAUAAAUGAAAAUAAAGAAUAAAUUUGCAUGAAAACAUGCUUCUUUGGGCAGGUAGCAGUAGCUAGGGGAUUGAAUGGCAUUGGUCUAGCACUCGUCACUCCCGCUAUCCAAUCUCUAGUGGCAGACUACACUGAUGAUAAUACGCGGGGUUCUGCGUUUGGAUGGCUUCAACUUACAGGCAACAUAGGUUCAGUGAUUGGAGGCUUGUUCUCUAUCAUGCUAGCAUCGACCACAAUCGUGGGUAUCGCCGGCUGGCGUAUCGCAUUUCACAUUGUUGCGCUCAUCAGUGUGAUGGUCGGGGCGUUGGUCUAUCUAUUUGCAGUGGACCCUCAUUUCUGCAACGGUGAGAAUGAUGAGCAGCUCGUGCGCAAGUCGGCGUGGGCAGAGAUGAAGGGUUUGGUUGCAGAAGCCAAGGCUGUCGUGAAGAUACCAUCGUUUCAGAUCAUCGUGGCUCAGGGUGUCACAGGGUCAUUCCCAUGGUCGGCAUUGUCAUUUGCCCCAAUGUGGUUGGAGCUGAUGGGCUUUACACACAACAAAACAGGACUUCUCAUGGCAAUAUUUGCAUUGGCAAGCUCACUUGGAGGGCUCUUCGGUGGAAAGAUGGGGGAUUAUCUCUCUGUUCACUACCCGGAUUCUGGCAGGAUAGUGCUGUCUCAAAUAAGCUCGGGUUCUGCACUCCCGCUUGCAGCUUUGUUGCUGCUUGGACUACCUGAUGACUCAUCUACCGGUGUCUUGCACGGACUUGUUAUGUUUAUCAUGGGGCUAAGCAUCUCCUGGAAUGGCCCUGCUACUAACAGCCCCAUAUUUGCAGAGAUCGUUCCUGAGAGAUCAAGGGCAAGUAUCUACGCGUUGGACCGUUCCUUCGAGUCGGUCCUAGCCUCAUUUGCUCCACCAGUCGUCGGCUUUUUAGCCGAGCAUGCAUACGGCUACAACCCUAUCUCAUAUGGGGCUGCAGUGAGCAGUCUUGCGAGGGACAGGUCCAAUGCCGCAGCGCUAGCGAAAGCUCUUUACACGGCGAUUGCCAUCCCGAUGCUGAUGUGCUGCUUCAUCUACUCGCUGUUGUACCGGACAUACCCGCGCGACAGGGAGAGAGCAAGAAUGCACUCUCUUAUCACAUCGGAGUUGCAGCAUAUCGAGCUGGAAAGGUGUCAUGGAGUAGGAGACUUCUACGCGGGAAGGGAGGAUGCCACUGUGAUCGAUAUUGAGUAUGGUGAGGAAGAGCUUGAUGCUAAUGACGAUGAAAAAGCGUUGAUGCAUCACCAAGUUGAAUGGUAGUCUCAGGUGAUCAGGGCGUGAUAUGUACAGGAAGUUGUGGGAGAGUUCAGGAUUAUGCUUUGCAUAGGCCAGAAGAUAGAUUGCAUAUUUUCAGGGGAUCAGUUUGCCCAGGUGUUGUUUGCAGGUUGCAGCGAUACUGGAAUAGAUUUCACUUUAGUUCUUACUUUGUUGAUAGUAUAAAAAUAUUGCUUUACGCAGGACUGGUGAGCAGCAAUCAGAAGUGUUUGUAGAAGUAGUAACUUUUUUGGGGUAGACAUGCGGGAGCCCAGUUACCAGUUCAAGCUUUAUCUAGCUGAAAGUGCAUGAGAAAUGAGACGCGGUAUAUCGGAUUAUGUUUUUCAUUUCUCCCUCCA